UCAUAUCGUUUUCAAUAACAAACAAGCAGAUCUUCCUAAAGUGAAUGGAAACAAACAUUUCGAGAUAAUAUCCAAGAAAUAGCCUAUUAACAUGAAUACUAUGAAUAGAUAUGAUUUAAAUUUGAAACUAAUACAGGCAGUUGAAAAACACGAUUGCAUUUAUAAUGUAAAAUCUGCACAAUAUAAAAAAUUCGCCUUUAAGGAGCAUCUAUGGAAUACAAUUGGAAAAGAAAUUGGCAUUAGCAGUAAAGAAGCCAAAAGUAAGUGGAAGAGUGUCAGAGAUAGUUACAAAAGAUAUAAAAAUAAAACAAAUGCUACAAAUGGAUAUCUUAAAAAAUAUAAAUACGCAGAGGCUUUAAAAUUUUUAGACCAGGUUGUUAGCUAUCGACCACAUAAAACGUUUACCUUGCCCACAUCAGAUGUGGAGGUUAGCACAGAACUAUCCAGUGAGGAAGAAUUUAUAUAUGAACAAUCAACUAACGGGCAAACGGAAAGUAAUUUCGAUAAUUGUUUUGACGAAAUCCAAGAUUUUUCGGAUACAUCCUCUACAAAAGAAGUUAAAGCCGCAGCUGAAAAUAUUGCCACGAAAACCAGCAAAAUAUUACCUAUAACUUUAAACAAAGAUGAAGACUUAACAAUAGAUGAGAAAAACGGUUAUAUUGAUGGACCAAAUAGUAGCAAUUCUUCUGAAGUAGAUUCAAUGGAGCAAACAAAAGAAAAGGAUUUAAAUAAGCUAUUAAUUGAAGAAGUUAAAAAACAUGACUGUAUUUACAAUCCACAGUCUAGGAGAUACAAACAUUUUUCAUAUAAAAAACAUUUGUGGCACAAAAUUGGAAAAAGAUUCGGCUUACCUGCUAAUGUAGCCAAUAAAAAAUGGAAAAGCGUUAAAGAUAGUUACCGGAAAAGUAAGAUAAAAUUAAUGACUCAAAGCGGUUUUGUUAAACCAUAUAAAUAUUCCAAAUGUCUUAAAUUCUUAGAUGAUUAUAUUGAAUGCCUACCAUCCUUGAGCAGGAUGUUUAAUGAGCCAGAAGUGAGUACCGAUUUGUCAAGCGAUUGUGAUAUGCUCAUGGUAAACUCAAGAAAGCUCAAAAGAAGAAAAACAAGUUGUGGAAAAAUACCAACAAAUCAUUUGAAUUCAUCAUCUGAAGAAAAUAUAGAAAGCGAGCAAGAAAAUCAAAAAACAAUGACAUCCCGUUUGUUUAUGGUACUAGCAAAUAAAGUAAACGAAGCAAAUUUAACCCCACAACAAACAAAUGCUAUUGAAUUUGGUGUUAGUUCUUUUGUAUAUUCAAAAUUAGCGGAAUAUAUAAAAAAAUAAAUUCUUAUAUAACUGUA